UAACAAGUCAGUCCUCACAGAAAUAAGCGCCAAUCGACAAUUUCACCACCAUCAUGGAUGAUGAAAAUGCAUCGGCUGACGUCAUCGUUAAGGACACUCGUGGUGCCGAACCACUAAACAUCGUCGAUGAGUUCCAGCGGCGCAAGCUGCAGCUCUACAAACAUUGGGUUCGCCCCAAGUUUUUACAGUAUAACUACAUGUACAAUUAUCGCCAUAACUAUUAUGAUGACGUUAUUGAUUACCUGGACCGACGCGCUCGUGGAAUGCCAGGAGAAAUUCCUCGUCCACAGUAUUGGGCCGAGCGUGUUCUGCGAACUGAGAGAAAAACACCGAGGAGCAUUGACGACAUGUACAAUUACACCAAUAUCGGCCUGAAGCGGAAUGAACAUAAAAUGACUCACACCCUAAGUAGAAGUUCUAGCAUGAAAUCGUACAACAUCUAUCGGGUCUGGUGAAAAGCUGAGUGGUUGAAUCACAUUUUCUGCUUUCAAAUGUAGCCAUCAUACAUUGUCGAACCCAAUCUUUCGUCUAUGUAGCAACGGUGUGACCAACCACUAGUGUUUUUGAGUGCGUUCCAAACACCAUCAACUAGAACCGAAAAGCACAACAGCAACUACUACUACUAUCAACAACAACUACAACAACACUCAAACACCAGCCAGUGUGUAAUAUCAACAUUGUUUACGAGUAAUUUUAAAACCAUGCCAACAUAUUCAAUACAACGUGAAUCUAGACUACAUCCACCAGAGAUCAUGGAUUAAUCAUCAUAGGUCCUAUGGCCUCAAACAUCAGGGGUCGCUCUUUUUUAUUCUUAUCCUAUAUCGAUCUUUUUGGUUACUUUUAUAUUCAAAUAUGAAAUAUCAAUACUUUGUUUUGUACUUUAUCAUUCACUUAUCAUAUUGUUUAUAUUAUUUUGAUUUUUUCUACAACUACUACUAUCACUACUGUAACUCCGACAUAACACUACCGAGUGUAUAGUAAAUUAUAAUUUGUUCAAAGUUACCAUGAAAAUACAAAAA